AUGGCGUCUUCAUUUUCAUCAUCUAUCUCCUCUCCAAUCUACUCAUCGUCAUCAUCCAUGACAUCAUCAUCAUCAUCAGCGUCAUCAGUGACGUCAUCGUCGUCGUCAUCAAAGAUUCUGACGGCAAACCUCGGCUCGAGCGUUCGAAUUGAUUGCGACAUCUCGCGACAAAUGUUGGAGGAGGCCAUCUUGAAUAUGUCGGCCAGCAGUGGCGGGAAAACGCUGGUGAUGACGUCAUCGGAUUAUAUUAUGACGUGGCAGAAACGUUAUAGCGUCAUGCCGCUAUUCAUCCAGUUUAACGGGUUUCCGCCUCACAUUGAGGAAGAAUAUCAGGGACGAAUUUCUCAGCUACCCUCUCCAUCAUCAUCAUUAUCUCUACCGUCAUCAUCAUCUUCUUCUUCAUCAUCUUCUUCUUCAUCCUCGAUUGUACUUCCUUCCUCUCUGCAAAUCAACAACGUCCUGGUCAGUGAUGAAGGUUACUACACGUGCAGCGUUGUCUACCUGGAGAGAGAUGAAAAUGUUGGAGGGGGGAGGAGUGUUAAUGGCUCAUGGAUCUAUCUCUCAGUUCACGCAUCACUGCCCGGUAUGAAACUUACCCGAUCUGCAUUCACGUCACAUCCCCUCGACGCGUUUUUCAUCCUAAGUCUUCGGCGAGAGCUGGUCAUUUGGUCAAUUUUUCAUCUUUAUGUUCAUUUUGUGAUAAAUCAAGUGGGACCCAAUGUGUCUGAGCUGAACAAUAACAACAACAACAACAGCAACAAUAACAACAACAAUAACAAUAAUAAUAAUAAUAAUAAUAAUAAUAAUAAUAAUAAGAGGAAGAGGAGGAAGAAGAGUAAUAAUAAUAUUAAAGGCAAUAUAGACAAGAUGUAUACACAAUCGUGUCCAGAUGACGUGCCUGUGCACGAUGACGUCAUCACGACUGCUGACACGACACCUUCUUUUAUUAUCGCUCUGUUCCAGGCGCCUGCCUCCAUGCGCAGGACUUGA